AAAUACUUGAUAAAUAUGAGCUAAACAACGUACAUUGAACUGGUGCUAUUGUCGAUUAAGAUGAAACGACAUUGUUCUAUGAUACCAAAUGAUAUUUUGAUUGUGUAAUAAUGUAAUAUACUGUGGAUUUACCGCCUGUGCUUGUCUUCUGUUAUAUUCAUUUUGCCGUUUUUGCGGGUGUAAUAGCCUGCAACUUCCAACCCACCUUCAUACGGUAGGGUAAACUGGAGUCUCACACUGACCUGGUCUAAGUUGUUUUACUUCAUUAUCUUUGUAAUAAUGAACGUUAUAGAGACUAUUGAAAUUGAUAAAGAAGAGACUGCUGUAGCUGUGGAAGAUAGCAGCUUACCAAAAUCGUGCUCUAUUUGUAAAACUGGCUUUGAUAGCGUCGCUCCGAAACUAUUGCCAUGUCUUCAUUCAUUUUGUCAAUCUUGUUUAGAGGAUCGUCUAAGAGGCAACGAACCAUCCACGACAUCUGCUGUUCCAUGUUCGGCCAGACUAAAAUGUCCAAAAUGUGGCCAGGAGUUUCUUGUGCCAGCUAGAGGGGUUGCAACUUUAAUUGAUAAUCAAUUUAUACUCGAUAUUGUAAAGAAACCGAGUCGAGAAAAUGAAUCUGCAAGUCACAAAUGCACAUCGUGUGAAGAUGACAGUGAUGCUUCAUCGUUUUGUUUAAACUGCUCAGAAUGGCUUUGUAGCGCUUGUGUACAGGCUCAUCAACGCGUUCGUGUAACGAAAGAUCAUGAAAUUAAAUCGGGGGAAGAAUUAAAAGAAAGUCUACGAAAUAACAACCGGAGCGAACGUUGUUUAUAUUGCAAGAAACAUCCUAGCGAAAAAUUACAAUUGUUUUGUGUGAAAUGUGAACGAUUGACGUGCAGAGAUUGCCAACUUCAUGAGCAUAAACACCACCAAUAUCAGUUUGUCAACGAAGCUGCGGCCAGGUAUAGGGAAUUCUUUAAGAAAAAACUGAUAUGUUUGGAAGAGAAGCUCGCUCCCCUCGCCGAAUCUAUUGACUCGGUUAAAAAUUCAACGACACAUUUGGAACUUAAAUCGGAGGCUGUUGUCAACGACAUUAAAAACACUUCAAAUGAUAUCAUUUCUGCCGUGAGGGAACGCGAAAGUGUCUUGCUAAACGAAUUGCAGGCCUUAGUUCAAUUUAAAAGAAAACUCUUACUAAAACAGACGAAAGAUUUGAAUCUUAUGCAGGCAAUACUAAAACACAAUCAUGAGUUUACACGUCAUGCUGUACUGAAUGGAAGUGAUGCUUCACUGUUGAUGACACAACGACAACUGGGCUCUAGGAUUCAGAACUUAUUGAGUUUAAAGUAUCGCGUUACUCCAGUUGCACCAAGUGAGUUAAAGUUUGUAUCUGAAUCAGUAAAAUUGUGCAAUGUUAUAGCAAAAACAGGUUCGGUCAUGACCCAAUCCAAUCAAAGGUCCAAUCAUCUCCAAGCUCGAAGUACCAACCCACCAGCUUACCAAACUGCAAUGAAAAUUAAUCCCUUCCCUUUGUUAAAUAAUCGUCCUGGUUUGCAUACAACAAUGAAUCCCAAACCUUCAUCAAAAGUUUACCCAAAUGUUAUAACGUCACACAUUGGUAUGCCUUUGCAUGGUGUACAAAAUUCUUCCAUGAUUCAUCCUUCAAUUGCUCAAGCACCAAACAGAACUAAUCCUAUCCCUCAAACAACCUGGCAUGUACAACAUAGUCCUAGUAAUCCCCAGGUACCUAGUUAUAACUCAAGACAUUUAAUGAACACUGAUGUAUCAACCAUAAAUUCUUCAAGAAAGGCUGUGGAUGUGUCAUAUCUUGUUAGACAGCCAACAUCUCUUCCCACUCAAGUUAGCCCAAGCUCACCGACAAUCAAUUUAAACAACAUGCUAAGUAAUAUCUUACGACGAGAUAAUUUACCUACACCUCAAGCACGUGAACGCUCUGCGUCAGCACCCUCAAUAUCAACUGUCAACAAUCAAUCAUCCUCUCCAAAUUUACCCCGACCCUCCCCUGAUCCUUCACAGUCCUCAUCAACUCCAUCACCUAGUCCUGUACUUUCCAGCAAAACCCUUGUUUCACCCAUACAAUCCCCUCUACCUACUUUUGUUGAAUCCGAGAUACGGGAAUCCGCUGGUAUAAAGAUUAAAAUUGAAAAAUCUAAUCUUUCUCCUGAAUAUGACUGUUCUGUUGUGAAAGAGGAGCCAGAUUUAGCAUCAUCUCUAUGCAGUUGUUCUACAGGUAAAGAAAUUGUCCAUGUUUCAUCCUCACCAAUGAAUGGUCCACCAUCGUCCAACAGCAGUAACGAUGAUUGGUGUGCUGUAUGUCAUAAUGGUGGAGAACUGCUGUGUUGUGAUACAUGUCCUAAAGUUUUCCAUUUAAAUUGUCAUGUACCAUCACUGACUUCUACACCAAGUGAUUCUUGGAACUGUGGUUUAUGUGAAAGCUUGGAUGCACCGCGGAAGCAACAUGAAAAUGCGAAACGUCGUGCGCCAGUCGAUGGUAUUUCAGAAAGAGACGCUAAGAGAUGUGAAAAAAUGCUGCUGGAGUUGUUUUGCCAUCCCGAUAGCACACCGUUCCAUGAUAAAGUUAGUAAGGCUGUGCCGAACUAUUAUAAAGUUAUACAAAAACCCAUGGAUCUCACGUUGAUAAAAACCAAACUUCAACCAAUGCAUUUUGAGCACUAUAACUCUGUAAAUGAAUUCAUCGCUGACUGUAAGCUGGUCUUCAGUAACUGCGCUCUGUUUAACGAUGCUGAGUCAGAUGUGGGAAAAAUGGGUAAAAGAUUAGCAGCAGACUUCCAAAAUAUCGUCCGCAAAUAUUCAGAACGCGAUGAUGACAUGGAGCCUGCUGCAAAGAAGAAGAAAGAAAAUGACAUUUAAACAUGUUUUUCACACGGGUGUAGAAUUGAGUACAAUUGGUGUUAAAUAUUGAAAUAUAGUUAUAUUUCUUAUUUAUUUUAGGGUUUAUCUUCGAAUUUUUUAUCUUACUCUGUUGUGUCAAUUUGAAAUCUUCACUUCUGCAGUGAUUAAACUAAAUUUGAAAUUCGCGCUGUUUUAAUCAAAGUUUCGGCUGCCAUAUUGCUCUGUUGAUCAAUGCUUACAAAAAAUUGUACAUUAUCAACGUUUUUUUAUAAGUCAGAUCAAGGUCGUUUGUAAUGUAGAGUCACGAAUGUAAAUAUAAGAUGAAACAUACUCCAA